CCCCCCCUCACCACCGCUAUGGCGCCGCUCCCGCCUCCGCGACGCGGCUGCAGGGCGGCGUAGCGGCAGCGGGGGCCAAUGCGGAGCCGCGGGGCCGGGGCAGGAGCUCGGCGGCGCCGGACGCGGUGCCGGAGGUGCCGGGCCUGCCUGCGUUCCGAGUGCGGGGAGUGCCACUUCUGCCGAGACAUGAAAAAAUUCGGGGGGCCCGGGCGCAUGAAACAGUCCUGUCUGCUCCGACAGUGCACAGCCCCCGUUUUGCCCCACACGGCCGUGUGCGGCGCCUGCGGCGAAGCCGGACGCGAGGAAGCGGCCGAAGGCUCGGAGCAGCGCUUCCAACUCUCCCUGAUGGAAUGUGCGCUCUGCGGGGAGAUCGUGCACCCCCGCUGCCUCCAGAUGGGGUGCGCGGAGGCGUUGAUUAACCCCGAGAUCCCCAACUGCUGGGAGUGCCCCAAGUGCCGGCAGGCCCCCGGCUCUGGGGGGGGUUGGGGUGCAGACGAGGCCCCCCCCAAACGCAAAGCGGGGGGCGCCCCCCCCGACGGGGCCCCCCCAAAACGCAAGAGGGACCCCGACCCCAAAAAGGUAACGGAUGUGGCGCCGUGGGGGGCGCCGCAGCCCCCCGGGGGGGCCCCCCCCGAACCCCGAACCCCCGAUUCCGAGGCCCUCUCGCGCCAACGGGAACGCCUGGAGCGCUUCCGCCAGAUGUGCCGCCUCCUGGAGCGCCUCCCUCCGACCACCACCUCCACCUCCGGCUCCGAUUCCGGCGGUUCUUCUCCUCCCGACGACGACGACGACGACGACGGUCACCGCCACGAUGUCCCCUCUCGCCCUCCCAUCGCCGCCACCGCCGCCAUUUGUUGUCCUCGCGGCCUUCCGGCGCCUUCUCCGUCGCGACGCCUUCGCCCGUGGCCUUUGGUAUCGUCGCCGCGGCCGCCGGCGCGGUUGGAACGUCACGUGAUCCGCCCGCCGCCGGCGUCGCCGGAUCCCGACCGCCUCCCGUUGGCCACCGGCGCCGCUCACGUCCUCCAAAGGGACCUUUGGCUCCGAGUCUUCGCCCACCUCUCGGCCCGCGAGCUCUGCGUCUGCAUGCGCGUCUGCCGCACCUGGAGCCGCUGGUGCUGCGACCGCCGGCUGUGGACGCGCAUCGACCUGAGCGGCCGCGCGGCCAUUACGGCGCCGAUGCUCAGCGGCGUCGUUCGGCGCCAACCGGCGGCGCUCGACCUCAGCUGGACCCGCGUCUCCCGCAAGCAGCUCUCCUGGCUCGUCACCCGCCUGCACGGGCUGCGGGAGUUGGUGCUGAGCGGCUGCUCGUGGGGCGCGGUGUCGGCGCUGGGGUCGGCGCCGUUGGCGUCGCUGCGGCUCUUGGAUCUGCGUUGGGUGCCGGAGCUGUCGGACACGCGGCUGCGAGAGCUCCUGCUGCCCCACGACCCCCGCCACGCGCCCCCCGAAGGCCGCGUGCGUUUGGCCAAUCUGGUGGAGCUGCGCUUGGCGGGCCUGGAGGUGACGGAGGCGUCGCUGCGGUUGGUGGCGCGGCACGCGCCGCGCUUGGCCACGCUGGACCUCAGCCACGGCGGCCAUGAUGGCGGCGGCGACGGCGGUGACGGUGACAACGGCGCUCGGUGUCCCCUCGGAGCGCUGCGGCACAGCCUGGCCGAGCUCAGCCUCGCACGAGGAAACGACGCCGGAGAGUGGCGGACGUCGCCGGCACCAGGAGGAGUGCGCGGGGGAGCUGCGGCACCAUGAGGGACCUGCGGUGGGGCUCGAGGACAUCAUGGUGGGCCUCAAGAACCUUCUGGAGGGCUCGAGAACAUCAUGGUGGACCUCAAGAACCUUCUGGAGGGCUCGGGAACAUCUUGAUGGACCUCAAGAACGUCAUGG